GGAGCGGGCGCCGGGGCUCUAUAAGGCCGUCCCGGCGGCGGCCCCGGCUCUCGCCGCACACACACACACACACACACACACAGAGAACACCGGGGAAGCCCCGUGUGGGUCUGUGUCAGGCCGUCGGGCGCUAGGGCAGGUGGCAUGGGGCGCUUCAGCGUGUGGGACUACGUGGUCUUCGCGGCCAUGCUGCUGGUGUCGGCUGCCAUCGGCAUCUACUACGCGUUUGCGGGAGGGGGGCAGAAGACGUCCAAGGACUUUCUCAUGGGGGGCCGCAGCAUGAGCGCCCUCCCCGUCGCGCUGUCCCUCACCGCCAGCUUCAUGUCGGCUGUCACGGUGCUGGGCACCCCCGCCGAGAUCUACCGCUACGGGGCUAUCUUCUGCAUCUUUGCCAUCACCUACGCGCUGGUGGUGCUGUGCAGUGCUGAGAUCUUCCUGCCCGUCUUCUACAGGCUGGGCAUUACCAGCACCUACGAGUAUUUAGAGCUUCGAUUUAAUAAAUACCUGCGGCUCUGUGGAACGGUCCUCUUCGUUAUACAAACGAUUUUAUAUACUGGCAUUGUCAUUUAUGCUCCAGCGUUAGCACUAAAUCAAGUCACGGGCUUCGAUUUGUGGGGUGCCGUGGUGGCAACUGGCGUGGUCUGCACUUUCUACUGCACAUUGGGAGGUCUGAAGGCAGUGGUGUGGACAGACGUUUUCCAGGUUGGAAUUAUGGUCGCUGGAUUCUCGUCUGUGAUUAUACGAGCUGUGGUGGUACAGGAAGGAAUUGGACGCAUUGUAAAUGAUUCCUACCAUGGAGGAAGACUGAACUUUUGGGACUUUAAUCCUAAUCCUUUGCAAAGGCAUACCUUCUGGACAAUUGUUAUAGGUGGGACCUUCACAUGGACUGGCAUUUAUGGCGUCAACCAGUCCCAAGUACAGAGAUACAUUGCAUGCAAAAGCAGGUUCCACGCAAAAAUGUCCCUCUACAUCAACCUGGUGGGCCUCUGGGCUAUCCUGGUCUGUGCAACGCUCUGCGGGCUGUCCCUGUACUCCAUCUACAAGGACUGCGACCCCUGGUCGGCAAAGCAGGUGUCGGCACUCGACCAGCUAAUGCCUUACCUAGUGCUGGAUAUUUUCAAGGAUUUUCCAGGAAUGCCAGGGCUUUUUGUAGCUAGUGCCUACAGUGGGACAUUAAGUACAGUGUCCUCCAGCAUCAAUGCUCUGGCUGCUGUGACUGUUGAAGACCUCAUUAGGCCAUACUUCAGAUCGCUCUCUGAAAAGAAGCUGUCAUGGAUUUCCAUGGGGAUGAGCCUUUUUUAUGGUGGAGUCUGCAUCGCUAUGGCUGUGCUGGCAUCUCUCCUGGGAGCCUUGCUGCAGGCAGCACUCAGCAUUUUUGGCAUGAUCGGUGGCCCCCUUUUAGGACUUUUUGCCUUGGGAAUCCUCUGCUCCUUUGCAAAUGGAAUUGGUGCAUUUGUGGGUCUUGUCACUGGCUUCGUCGUUUCACUUUGGGUUGGAAUUGGUUCUCAGAUUUAUCCUCCACUCCCAGAGAGGACUUUGCCACUGCCCCUCUCAACUGCAGGCUGUAAUAUAUCCAUUUCAAGCAAUCUGACUACAUCAACAGCAAAUCCAUUAACAACAAUUUUCAGCACACAAGCUCCCGAAAGGCCUGUCCUGGCAGACCGCUGGUAUUCCUUGUCCUAUCUCUACUUCAGCACACUUGGGACACUUAUCACAAUAGUUGUGGGAAUGAUUAUCAGCCUCCUAACAGGAGGACUGAAGCAGAACACAGACCGUAAAUUCCUGCUGACCAAAGAAGAUUUCCUUUCCAACUUCUCACGGUCUAAAUCGGAUACAGCAGAGAAGGUGGUAGUGUUGAGCUGGAAAACAUCUACUAAUGCAGCUGAAGGAACCGACAACCCUGCUUUCAGCCACAUCGAAAUGGACGUAGCAAGCGAUAAGAACAAAGUCAAUGGCCUCCACAUAUGACAUGGGGCCAUGUCAGCCCUCGAGGACAGUUUUGUUGACGUGAACCACUGCUGACAUUUCUGUGCUGGGUCAGUUACCAGCCCUGCCGGGGUUACAGGCAGGAGUCUGCUGAGCUUUGUGGUACUGUUACCCUUGCACAACUUUGACGUGAGUCAAGAAAGGAAUCAGGUCUUUCCUGCUGCUCUCUCUCUCACUCUGGAUCUUGGUGACAGGGCUUAAGGUGAUGGUUCAAUGUGAAAUAUUUGCCUGAUAUUCUUGAGCCUCCUGGAAAAUAACUGCUUUGAAUUUCAGUUCACUCUUGGGGUAAAUUUUUUAUUUGGGAAGCGCACUGUUCCCCCGGACAUGCUUGUUGUUCUCCUUUUUUUUUUUUUUUUUUUUUAAGUCAUUAAACGUACAAGGAGGUAGGUACUGUAGGAUCAUUGCAGGGUGCAUCAGAUUGAAAGAAACAGUGGAUCUUUUUUUGUAGCACAGGAGAUGUACUUAUCUCCAUCUGGUUGCUUUGCAGAACUGAGCCUGAGAGCAUAUUUAUUUUGCUGGUUUUGUCGUAUAUAUUUGCUUUCAUUAAGCCACUCAUUCUUUGGUUACCUGCAUCUACUCCUGUGUGCUCACUGUUGGAAGCUACAAGAGUGUCUUUGGAGAUGGGUGAAAGCAAACCACUAAUAUCUUGCUCUUUACUCCCUGCCUCACUCUUCUGCCUUGUCUUCCCCUUACGGAUCUGGCCCUCAUGAUGAAGUGAGCUAUCUGGGCUCUUUAUUCAGUGCCAUGUAGCAGAACCACUUGCUGGCCCAAGACCACUCUUGUACUGGGCUGGGUGUACUGUAGCAAAGAUGUAAAUGGAAGAAGAUGGCCCUCUUUGCUGUACUGGGCAAGAGAGAAGGCUGCACCUGCAGUUGCCACUGCCGUUAUGUGUGGGGCUGUGAGCUGAAACCUGCUAUAGCCAUUUGUGUUUGUGUAGUCCCUGUUGUCAUUCUGGGGAUUCACUUGCAAGAUUGGGCCAGAUCAGGCCAGAGCACGUUGUUUGUUUUGUCGUGGGCAGAGUCCACUGUGCAGUCCCCAGGUAGGGAAGGGAUUACAUAGGCUGUAGUUUGGUAAAGUCUCGUCCAUGGCUGCAGGGCACUGGAUGGCUCAUCCUCUGGCGGGGCUGCCAAGAGGAGGUGAACAGCACACCCAUCCUUGACCAUGUACUUCUGGCUUGGAAGGGUAAAAACCACCAUAGCUUCCUUGUCCUGUCUGCUUUCUGGUACAACAGGGACUAGACUCUUUGACCCACUGUGUUGUUUUUGCACUGCAGACUUUCUGGUACGGGUAUACAUAGGUGUUCAAAACUUGUCUACAGCAAUGGAACCAAGUUGGGUAAUAAAAGUCAUUGCAGGAAAGCCCAGCUGUGAAGCUUAUAAAGCAGUCAUGCUUGAGACUUAAAUCAAACAGUGACGGUGUGUCUUAAACACUCUCUAGAAGUUAUGCUACAGUUGUACCCUGUGCUGAGCUGCUAUAAUUUGGGGUUUGACACAGUGCUAGUUUAUCUAUGCUGAUUUGGGCCUUUUAGCUCUUAAUCUAUUCUGUGCCCCAGUGACAGUGGGCAUUUGAUGAUCUCCUGCAUAAGAUGAGCUGACAAGAUCAGAAAACAUUAGGAAGAAAAAAUGGGAGCAGACCUCUCCUAGAGGAGUACAGACCAGACAGACCCUGCAUGGCUUGCCACCAGGAGCACAUCUCCAUCAGCUAACCCAGUGCACAAUGACAUGAUGAAGAGAGGCUUCCUCUCUGCCUCCUGAAACAUGGGCUUGCACAAUCCAGUGCAGAGUUUAGGGCCAGCCCCUUGUCUCUCAUUCCUCUGCUGCAGUGCUGUGAUCAGGUUAGUGUCAGAACACUAUGCAGAAGGGCUGUGAGCAAGCAGAAUAAAUCCCAGGUGUUACAUCUUGUGUCCCCAUAUCUAAGAUCUGAUGUGAGAUGAUCGAUAGCAUGCUGAAUAAAGUAUUCUGGGAUUCUGGACAGAGGCCUCUGUUCUGGAACUGUCCUAGUCUCCCUGACAACUAGCCCACUGAGUGAAUGAGCUGGCUAUGCUUCCCAAACCUCAAAUGGUUAAGUGCAGCCCAUGCAGCCUUGUGUCUUGACUUCAUGACAGAAACUGAUACUGCAUUUUGUGCUGCAAAAUAGUUUUUGAGUCUUGGAGUAAAAUAAUUUGUAGUUACCAGGUACUUUUGGCCCACAGAGCUGAUCAAGGGUAAGUAGUGGUAUCUCCACUCUGCUACAGAGAACCAAAAUGUGGUGAAAAGGUCUGGUGUCCCUCUGUGUGUCUCUGCUUAGUGGCACAUAGUAAGCCAUGAACAAAAGAGAAGCCUAUUGCAAGCCCUUGUCUUAUGUACCUUCUGGUAUGGCUACAGCACUCCCAACCCACAUGCUGAACUCCCAUCUGAACCUGUUCCUCAGGGGGGUGACCGAUUGCUGUUUUAUUAAACAGCAUCAGUAUGGCCUAUGUUGCACUACUCUGUGCUGAGAUCCCUGUUUGCACUGUUGUUGAUACUGCCUUAAACUGUCCUGGGUGACCUGUGGCUUCUACCUGUUCUGUUCAUGGAGAGAAGACUAAUCUUUGCAGUUAUCAUAGUUAAGAAAAAAAUGUAGCAUCGUGGAGUUUUUUCUCAGUACUUUAAAUUCACAUAAUUUAUUAAAACAGAGAAAGCACAUAAGUCAUUGCUUGAAGUUACUAUUUGAGCACUGAGCAGUUGUUUAAUUUUGGUAUGAAGUGAAAGUUUGGGCCAGAUGAUAUCUGUGGGUCCACAGUCAUGUCAAGAUGAGUUUUUACUGGGGAAAAUACCUUGCUGUAAGAGGCAAACAUUUUUAAACUUUGCAGAUGACCCUUACAACUGUCCCUUUUCUUGUUAGUUCACCUCCCGUGAUUGCUGCAGAGCUCAAAAGUGGCUCUUCCUGCUUUGCUUUUUUCUAUAUGCUUGUUACUUUAAUUGGCAUCACUAAUUAAAACAGUUAAUUUUGAAUAAUAUUUUCUCUGGGAUUAUAUACUGUCCUCAGCUAGUUGGACGCAGAGCCAGGGCCUUGUGUAAAAGCAGCAAGACAAUUCUCAGGGUUUCCAUCACGCUCCUGCACCUUGAUCCUUCAUCUCUCCCAGCUAAAAACUCACCCAACAAUGAAAUGAAGGAUGGCCAAGCCCAUUAAUUCCACAGGAGUGGGAGCACUCCGCAAUGUCCAAAUUACAUGCAGCAUCUGGCAGGGUCAAGAGAAAAAGCAAGUGGGAACAUUAAAAAGUGAACUAAAUACACAACAGGAAGAAUAAUUGACUAUGUAAAUACACAAAGGAUUCACGGAGAGAAAGUAGUGAUGGAUCCUGGCCCCUUUUAUUUUACAUUUACUUUUGCUUGUACUCAGCUGGUCUGUUUGCUUUCUGAACAAAUAAGGGAAACAGAAAAAAAAAUCAUGAACGCCAAGCAGCAAAUAUUUCAUAUGCAUAAUUUAUUUUAAAGUUUAUUGCGUCACAUUAUACAAGCAUUAAACAUGGCUUUAUGUUGAUGAUUUUUUUUAAAGUGUGAAAACUUGACGUUC